AUGUGGCGUCCACUCGCAGCCGUCCGCCGCCCAUCGCACAGCCUGCGCCACUGGUCGCAAGCGCUAUCCACUGCGUCGCACGGCGCGUCCACCCCACAGCCGCACGUCGUCGGCGUCAUUGGCUUGGGCCAAAUGGGCGGCCGCAUGGCCGACAACCUCCGCAAACACGGCCACCGCCUCGUCGUGUGCGACCCCGUGGCCGCCAACGUGCAGCGACAAGUGGACCACGGCGCAGUUGCCGUCGCAACGGCUCGAGAAGUGGCCGAGCAGUGCGAUACGAUCGUCACGAUGCUGCCGUCGACGGCCACGGUCGAGCGCGUCUACUUGGGCGUCGAUGGCGUGCACGAGGCUCUGCGCGAGCAGCACGUGCUGCUGGACUCGAGCACGAUCGACCCGAUCUUUACCAAGACGCUGAGCAAGGAGCUGCACGAGCGCGGAGCGACGUUCGUUGACGCGCCCGUGUCGGGCGGCGUGGCCGGCGCGCAGAACGGGACGCUGACGUUCAUGGUGGGCGGCACGCCAGAAGAAUUCGAGCAAGUCAAGCCACUGUUGAAGGCCAUGGGGAAGAACCUCGUUCACUGCGGGGGAAGCUCUACGGGUCAAAUUGCAAAGCUAUGCAACAAUCUGGCGCUUGCGAUUCAGAUGGCGUCGGUGGCGGAGGCGAUGAACCUCGGCACGACGCUGGGCAUUGACGCUGCGGUCCUCAAGAACAUCAUGGACACGUCCACGGCGUCGUGCUGGUCGACUCUUGUGAACCAUCCGUAUCCGGGUCUGAUGGAGAACGUGCCGUCGUCGAAGGAUUACGAAGGCGGGUUCGCCGUCACGUUGCACCGGAAAGAUCUCGGACUUGCCAUGGACUGUGCCAAGCAGGCGGAAGUGUCGAUUCCGCUGACGUGCCAGGUCCACCAGCUCUUCAACAUGAUGGUCGCAGGCGGCCACGGUAUGAAGGACUUUAGUUACCUUCUCCCGUACCUCAAGAAUGGCAAGUAA